AUGAGUUCAAAAUCAUCCAAUGAUACCAAUAUUUUUGCUAAUAGCUUGCCUGCUGUUUCGUGUACCACAGAUAUUCGUUCUCAACUAAAUUGUGAAGAAGAGGAUGUUGCACAACAAAUAAUACCUUUGGAUGCUAUUGGAAAUUUUCUUGUCCUUCUAAAAUCUGGAAAAGUUAAGAAAAUUGAUGAAAGGAUUGAUGGUUCUACUUGCACUAUUGCAGACUAUAAAAGACAUGUUAAGCUUGCCUGCAAUCAAUUUUUUGGGUCAAUUAUUGCUCUAGAUGAACAAUUAGUGUGUGCCCGUCGUGAAUAUAAUGGGCAAUUCCAUAUGGCUAAUAUGCUUACUAGAGUUGUCGAUCUAGAAGAUGUUUUCCCUGUUGAAUUUGCGGUUGGGGAAGAAAUGAUUUGGCGGUGCUUCCUUUCCUCGCAGGAUUUGCAACGGGCGCCGGAGAUGAAAAAGUUCCUCAUGGCUUUGAAUCAGAGAAGUACUGAAAGUAGAAAAUCGGUUGGGAUUUUUUAAAUUAUUUUUUUGCUUUAAUUUAGAAUAGGGAGAAGUUCUAUUGGGAAUAGUUGACUUUAGGGGUGGCGUUUUAAUUUCCUUUUUUUGGGCAGUACUGGUUGUAAUUUUAGAGAGUAGUUUGGGGCAAAAUCGAUUUUCCGGAGUCGGAUUCAAAUUUGUAACUAGAGUUGCUCCGGAUCUGGCCCGGAUUCUUUCGAU